AUGAAUAUGAAGACUUUAAAUAUUGAGAAGUGGAUGAAAGUGAACUAUACUGGGAGUUUUAACCUGCACAAUGGGCUAUACUUUAAAAGUUAUGCUCGAUUAGUUAGCAAAGUUGGGAUAAGUAACCAUUUGUAUACAUCUCAGGAGAUAAAAAAAGAGCCAUCAGCAUCUAUUAAAGAAGAUACGAAACUAAUAACAUUUCGUAUUUUAAAAUAUAACCCAAUUAACAAAGACUUGCCAAGAAUAGUAGAAUACAAGUUGAAAAUUAAUGAAGCAGGACCAAUGGUUCUAAAUGGUUUGAUUCACAUAAAGAAUAAGGUUGAUAGUACAUUAGGAUUCAGAAAGUCAUGUAGAGAAGGGAUUUGUGGUAGUUGUGCAAUGAAUAUAAAUGGGAAAAAUAGUUUAGCUUGCUUAACAAAAAUAUCGAGUUUUUCAGAUGGAAUAAUUGAGCUUAGACCAUUACCAAAUCAGUAUAUUAUAAAGGAUUUGAUUCCAGAUAUGACCAACUUUUAUAAUCAGUACAAAUCAAUUAAACCAUGGUUAAUUCAAUCAAAUGGAAAGCACAAUUUAGAUACAACUGGAAAGAAAAUUGAGAAUCUACAAAGUAUAGAAGAUAGAAAGAAACUAGAUUCUUUGUAUGAGUGCAUUUUAUGUGCAUGUUGCUCCACAUCAUGUCCCUCAUAUUGGUGGAAUCCUGACUAUUAUCUUGGACCUGCAGCACUACUACAAGCAUACAGAUGGAUAUCUGAUUCAAGAGAUGAUAGUAAAUUACAAAGAUUGAUGUAUUUAAAUGACACAAUGAAGUUGUACAGAUGUCAUGAGAUAUUUAAUUGCACUUCUGCUUGUCCUAAAGGUCUCAAUCCAGCAAGUGCAAUUAGUAAUAUUAAGACAGAAAUACAAAAAAAUAUUGAGGAGAUUCAAAAAUUGGAAUCAGAAGAUUGCGAUAUAAACUCUAAUUGA